GAGCGCCAUGAUUGCUGACUAUAUGUACUGGCUGACGGGAGGCACUGAGCAGCAUAUAAGCAAGCUCAUCAAACAGUAUUGGCAGGCUAUGAUUGAAGAAGCCAUCACUAGAGAAAAAUCUUUUUCAGUUAUGUACACACCAUUUGUGACAGAAGUCAAGGCUGACAAAAUAAACAAGAUAAAGGACGUGUUUGCUAAAAAGCACCCUGAUUACGUGGAGCACAUAUAUACAGAUGCUCAUGGACUUCACCUCUUGCCACAGACAGCUGAGUGGCCGUCUCUGCCUCCCCAGCAUUACUUACUGACUCUGGGUUUCAGAAACAAACAUAUUGGAAAAAUCUUGGAAAGGUGGUCAAGUAGAAAACUGCCAAUCUUUUCAGACCGGAAAGCACCUUUCAGUCCUCUCACAAAAGAAGAAGCAGAAAGAUAUUGGGAUAACACUGGGAAAAAGAUCGUGCCUGUAAUGGAUCUUAUAAGAAGCACCAAAUUAACUGACAAUCUCUGUGCGUGUUCACGUGGGAUAGAGAAGUUGCAUUACGCCAGCCUCCUUGGCCGUUUGCAGAGAGUUGAGGAACAGUCCCAAGUGAUUAAUCAAGCGAUGGCUGAGCUAGCAACCGUUCCCUACCUGCAGGACAUCAGUCAGCAGGAUGCCAAACUGCUGCAGUCGCUAAUGGCAGAUGCCAUGGACACCCUUGAAGGAAGAAGAAGUGAUAAAGGACGUGUGUGGAAUAAAAUUCAGAAGAUUGGACUAAUUGAAGACUACCUAUACCAAGUAGAAGACAAUUACUUAAAGAACAAAAGGCUGAGAACAGCUAGGACAGAAAGAAUGAAAAUGAAGAGGACUCAAAGUACACAGCAACAUUAGAGCCUAGGAAGCACAAAACUGUCCCUUACCAGCCCUAAAGACACGGCCACACAGGGAACAGAAAAAUUAACACUGUAG